AAAAUGUGUUGUGCCAUCUGCUAUCACUGAAUUCCGUUUUCUGACAUGUGCUUCCCUAAAUUUAAAAUGUUCUUCACGUAAUUCGACAAAAAAUCGUUCUUAGCGUUUUAUGACAUUGAAUUGAGUCAAUCAUUUCAGACCAAGUCAAGCCAAGUUCAAGAUAUGGAGGAAUAUCUACGGAAGUAUGAAAAAAUAGACUUUCUCGGAGAAGGACAGUUUGCAACCGUCUACAAGGCACGGGACGUUGACACUGAUACUGUUGUGGCUGUUAAGAAAAUCAAAGUUGGCACUGCUGCGGAUGCUAAAGACGGUAUCAACCGUACAGCCUUGAGAGAAAUCAAACUUCUGCAAGAACUUCAUCAUGAAAAUAUUAUUGGUUUAAUUGAUGUCUUUGGAUACAAGUCAAAUAUAUCUCUAGUUUUUGAUUUUAUGGAUACUGAUCUGGAAGUCAUUGUCAAAGACACAAGUAUUGUGCUUGUACCUGGGCACAUUAAAGCUUACAUUCUCAUGACACUGCAAGGCCUAGAGUAUCUUCAUAUGAAUUGGAUCCUGCACCGGGAUUUAAAACCAAACAAUUUAUUAAUUAAUAGUCAAGGCAUACUGAAAAUUGGUGAUUUUGGUUUAGCAAAAGUUUAUGGUUCUCCAAGUCGAAUCAACACUCAUCAAGUUGUUACGCGGUGGUACAGGUGUCCCGAGUUACUAUUUGGAGCGAAAUUGUACGGUGUUGGAGUAGAUAUGUGGGCCAUAGGCUGUAUUUUAGCCGAGUUACUGUUACGAGUACCUUUCCUUCCGGGAGAUUCAGAUUUAGAUCAAUUGAGCAGAAUAUUUCAAGCUUUAGGAACACCAACGGAGCAGACAUGGCCAGGUGUGACGAGUCUAAAAGAAUAUAUUCAGUACAAGCCUUUCCCAGGGACCCCUUUAAACCACAUAUUCACCGCAGCAGGGGAUGAUUUAUUGGAUUUGAUUGCCGGCUUGCUGGCCUACGACCCAUCAAAACGAGUGACAUGUACGCAAGCCUUGAAAAUGCCAUACUUUAGUAAUAAACCAGCGCCUACGCCUGGUCCUAGUCUGCCUUUACCGUACGCUAUUCAAAAUAAUCAGAAACCAUCUUUAAAACGGAAACUAGGAGAUUUACCUGAUGGAGCAACACAACCCAAAAGGCUGUUGUUCUAACUGAAAUGAAGAAGAAGAUAUCUAGCGAAGACAGUUUCGAAAAUUCCCAGAAACAGUGGUUUGUCUCAGUGGAGUCUACCUCCAUGCUGCAACUCAAAGGCUCAUCUCAUCGCUUCCGGUUGUUAUUUCAAGUGAUUACAGCUGUCUGGUACCUUCAAUUAGCAACUUAUUUCAAAAAAAUUUGCAUUUGCAAAAUGCUGUAUAGCAAACACCUUUUUAAAUCUAGUUGCCUUGUUUAAAAUUUA